AUGUACAAAUGGCUGGUUAGGAUUCUCGGCACCAUUUUCCGCCUCUGCGACCGGUCGGUGCCCCCUGCUGCCCGGGCCCUGCUCAAGAGACGGCGCUCGAACAGCACUCUGUUUUCUACAGUGGACACUGAUGAAAUACCAGCCAAAAGACCAAGAUUAGAUUGCUUUAUUCACCAAGUGAAAAACAGUCUCUACAAUGCUGCCAGCUUAUUUGGAUUCCCAUUCCAGCUGACCACAAAGCCCAUGGUAGCUUCUGUAGCUUCUGCUUGUAACGGAACACGGAAUGCGGCCGCUUCAGGAGAGGUAUUUUCGAACUCUUCAUCUUGUGAACUGACAGGUUCCGGAUCCUGGAACAACAUGCUGAAACUGGGUAAUAAAUCUCCUAAUGGAAUAAGUGAUUAUCCAAAGAUCAGAGUGACAGUAACUCGAGAUCACCCUCGCAGAGUCCUACCUUCCUUUGGUUUUACUUUGAACUCAGAAGGCUAUAAUAGAAGACUAAGUGGCCGUCGCCAUAGCAAAGGCAAUCCAGAGAGUUCUUUAAUGUGGAAACCUCAGGAACCGGUGGUAACAGAGAUGAUGAUUGAAGAGGGUGGCAAGGGUCUGAGGCGUCCCCAUUGUACUGUGGAGGAGGGUGUCCAAAAAGAGGAAAGAGAGAAGUACCGAAGGUUAUUGGAGCGACUUAAAGAAGGUGUUCAUGGAAGCUCUGUUCCUCCUGUCACUUCAACUCAUCAUAGUUCUCAAAGAUGUCACGUGGAUACAUUAAAGACCAAAGGCUGGGGGGAAGAGCAAAGUCAUGGAAUCAGACCAACUCAAUUUGUUCCAAAACCAUAUAGAGCUGCUGAAACAAGGGGACCUCUAUGUCCAAUGAGGAGUGAAAAGAGGUGUUCCAAGGGGAGAAUUUCAGAUAUAGAAAAGACAGUUGGAAUUAGACUUGAAAAUGAAGGUAGGAGGGGACACCAGUUGGAACCUGACCUGUCUGAAGAAGUGUCAGCCCGACUCCGCCUGGGCAGUGGGAGCAAUGGCUUAUUCAGGAGGAAAAUCUCAACACUUGACACAAAAGAAAAAAGUUGCUCAGGCAAAGAGAGAGAUAAAAGAACAGAUGAUCUUCUUGAACUUACAGAGGACAUGGAAAAGGAAAUCAGUAACGCUCUAGGCCAUGGCCCACAGGAUGAGAUCCUAAGUAGUGCUUUCAAAUUGCGCAUCACUCGAGGGGAUAUCCAGACCCUGAGGAACUUUCACUGGCUCAAUGAUGAAGUCAUUAAUUUUUACAUGAAUCUUCUCAUGGAAAGAAAUAAAAAACAAGGCUAUCCAGUACUUCAUGCAUUCAGUACUUUCUUCUAUCCCAAAUUAAAGUCUGGGGGUUACCAAGCAGUGAAAAGAUGGACCAAAGCGGUCAAUCUCUUUGAACAGGAACUAGUUCUGGUACCUAUUCAUCGGAAGGUACAUUGGAGCCUGGUGGUGAUAGACCUAAGAAAAAAAUGUCUUAAAUAUCUGGAUUCUAUGGGACAGAAGGGCAACAGGAUCUGUGAAAUUCUCCUUCAGUAUUUGCAGGAUGAAAGUAAGACCAAAAGAAAUGUUGACCUGAAUCUUUUAGAGUGGACGCACUAUAGCCUGAAGCCACAUGAGAUUCCUCAACAGUUGAAUGGGAGUGAUUGUGGAAUGUUUACUUGUAAAUAUGCAGAUUAUAUGUCUAGGGACAAACCUAUCACAUUUACUCAGCACCAGAUGCCUCUCUUCCGGAAAAAGAUGGUGUGGGAAAUCCUUCAUCAACAGUUGCUGUGA